AACAAUAUGCGUUUUAAUAUGGCCAAAUGUAAAUGAAGGAAAAAAGAAUACAGGCCAUACUUGCAGCACAGGGGACUCUAUCCUGGGAAGCAGUGACUCUGAAAAAGACUCGCGGAAGGCAGUGGACAAUCAACUGAACAUCAGCUCCCAGUGUGGCACUGUGGCCAAAAGAGCUGAUGCAAUCGUGGGAUGCGUAACCAGGAGAAGCUCAAGUAGGAGUGGAGAUGUCAGAAGUCUAGAAGCCCCAGUCAGGGAUCGUGGCCCCCUUGCGGUGGACACUGUGUACACACAGAAUGAAAAGACAGUCCCUGUCCCAAAGAGCUUGCAAUCUAAGUCAUUAUUGUUAGUUAUCAAAGAAAUGGGUUUUUCCCUCAGUAUGGCGGAGCAGACACAGCAGGGAAAGGAUACAGAAAAUAGAUGGCGCUGGCUCUGAUGGAGCUCCCACAUUGAUAAUAAUACCCCUCCCUUCUAUAGUGCUUUACCAAGGGAAUCAAUAUCAUUACCACAUUUGAUAAGGAAACUGAGGCACAGAGCAGGGACAUGAUCUGCCCAAGGUGACCUAUCAGAAACAAGAGUAGAACCCAGGUUUCCUGCACCUCCCCAACCUCGUCCAGUACUCCACCCCCAAGCCAGACCACUUCCCUUAUCAACAGAAUGAUUCUCACAGUUUUGUUACUCCAACCCAUAGAAAUCUGUAUGAUUCCUGGUCCACUUGGGAACCAUGUUUAGGACUUGGAUUCUCCUUGUGCACACAGAUAAAAUGCCCCCGCCGCUCUCCACCGCAAAUUCCGUGUCCAUCUGUUUCAGGAGUCAGACGGUGAGAAGGAGACGAAGAGACAGGUUUGGGCACAAAAGAUCCAGUGUCUCCCAGCUGGAGAUCCCCCCGGCCCAUGAGGAAAGGUGUGUCUGAGCGCCACCCAAAAUGCACCACGCGGGAAGAUGGGCCUCAGAUCAUGGCCAAACGCCGCAGCAUAAGGAAGAACAAUAAAUGGCUCUUUUUUAAAAAUUAAAGUCACCAGGGUUGGGGCUGAGCUGAUCCCCUGGGUCGGAACACAUGGGAUGUGGGGAACAUUCAGAUCGAGUCCAAAGGUUGAGGUCAAGUUUAUCUCCCAGGAGCACUGUCCCGUGCACCUCCUUAGUUCUGGCUUUGCCAUGGGAAAGAGUUGGAGAUGAUCCCGGGCAGCAGGGCCAGGGAGAACCACACGAUCAGCCCAGGAGUUGGGAUAGGCAUCUGAGUAGGUGGCUUAGUUGCGGCAGAUCCUGCGCAGACAGAGAUGAGUCAGGGAUGGUUGGCGGCCAGGGGAUGGAGGGGUUGGGUGCUGAAAAGGGAACGAGUCGUGCAGUUGCCAGGACUCUGUCUAGAGGUCAGAUCUCUCUCGCUCGCUCUCUCCUCAUCUCCUAGGCUCACGCUGGAAGAAGCGUCCUCCUGGAAGCACUCGUUUGAUUGCGUCCUGGCGAGCCCGGCUGGCCGGAGCAUCUUCGUGGAGUUCCUGCGGACAGAGCACAGUGACGAGAACAUGGCCUUCUGGCUGGCCUGUGAGGAGCUCAAGAGGGAGCAGAGCCAGGAGCAGGUCUGCGAGAAAGCCAAGAUGAUCUACCUGGAUUACAUCUCCAUCCUGUCCCCAAAGGAGGUCAGCAUCGAUGCUACCGUGCGCGAGUCAAUCAACAGUUCCCUGGUGAGGCCCAGCGCGCACAUAUUCAACGAGGCCCAGGCACAAGUCUAUGCCCUCAUGCACCGAGACUCCUACCCCAGGUUCCUGGCCUCACCACUGUACAGGUCACUGGAGCAGAGACUGUCUGCCCUGGCUUGUGACACGUAGCAAAGCCCCUUGCACGCACACGCAUUUCACGAUACUGCCACCUCCUUCCGCUUCCUGCCAGCUCGUCAAGGCACCGGGGUAGACGGGGCAGAGCCUCAGUUCUCUCUUUCUCCGUGGGUGAAGCCACUGGUGUUUUGAUAGCGACACUGAUCUAGAACUUAUUCUAGUCUGUCUGAACCAAACAAGAUUCAACUCAUGCUGGGUUUUGGGAGGAUUUCACUAGGGUCUGUAGAGAUGGGAGAGCCCAGGAGUCCUAGAAUUCAGAGUCUUUCAGAGCAUUGCUUGUCCUAGAACUUGGGUGGUAUCUAAGCUGGUGUGGUUCUAGAGCACAGGUGGUAUGUGUGGCCUGGACCAUGGUUCUAGAAUAUGAGUGGUCACAAGCUGGAGUGGGAUCGAGAGUGUGACUUGUGUCUGAGCUAGGGGUUCUACUAUAUGACUUGUACAUGAGUCUGGGCUUCUAGAACAAAGAUACCAUCUGAUCUGUGAUGGGUUCUAGAAUAUGGAGCCUUCUAGAACUGUGGGGGCUUUUAGGAUCGUGCAUCUUCUAGAGCUUGAAGCUCUGUGUUUUUGUUUUAGUGACAAGAAAAAUUCUCCACCCAAAAUUAAUUGUAUUUCAGAAUUUCUAAGAGUUUUAUAAGCAUUUUUCCCACUUCUCCGAGCCAAGUCAACACGGCUCAGCUAGUCACUUAGUACUACAACAGGUCCCAGCUGGCCAGCACAUUUAAAAUCUGGCAAGUAGCUCACAGGCCCAGCUCUACAUGGUCACUAGAGAAGAGACUAACAUUAUUCUAUUUAUCAGUUGGGGCUGCAAACAUAUAUUUUGUCCAGUGAAUGCAAAAAAAAAAAAUAAAAAUCCAAGGGGCUUAAUUAAAAAACAUUACCAGGCAAUGACUUGGCUGGUACAUUACCAGACAUUACUAGGCAGUUGCUAAUCUUUAGGGCCACAUCUGCAAAGGUGGCUACUUGUUUUGGGUGUCUGCCUUUAGCCACCUUGGCCAUGACUUUCAGAGGCAGCGAGCACCCAUAAUUCUAAUGGGAGUUACAUGCACCCAGAAAAGCGGCUCAGAGGCAUCUUGUGUUAGGUGCCCCAAAAUGAAGCUGCCCCCUCCAAAAAAUCCUGCCUGAAAACGUUGGCUAUUCUAACAGUCCCUCUCAUUGGCUCUGCAAGAUCAGCCAAGGUAUCACUUGUGUUUUAUGAUUUGUGGCCAGUCCUAUCUACCUCAUUCUAAGAGACUGCAACUUCUAAAUGACCAGGCCCUUGUUAGCGGACAGGACAGUGACGGUCUCCGCAAUGUGUGUGUGUGUAUAUAUAUAUAUAUAUUUAUAAAUAAAUCUAUACAUAAAGAGAGCUGCUUAUGUAUGAAAUGAGUCAGUGAAUCUAUCUUUUUCCCUCAGGAGAGGCAUCCCCAUCAUAGGUGCCAUUAAUAACAAUCUCUCACUUUCAUCCAUAGAGCUCCAAGUGCUUGACAGAGGAAGAGCAGAAUCAUUAGCCUUGCUUUGGGAGAUGGGGGAAAAUGAGGCACAGAGCAAUGACUUGCUCAAGAUUGCAGAGCAAAGCCGGGACUAGAACCCAGGUUUCCUAGCGCCUGCUCUGGUGCUCUAGCCAUAGGACCAUGCUGCCUCCGUUCAUUGACACCUUUGCUCCAACAUUCCCCUUUCACUUAUAUCAGCAUAAUUCCAGUGGCAUCCCCGGGGUCCUGCUGGGCUACGUGAUGUCUCUGCCAGAUGAGACCUUAACACUAGUAAUACCCAGCUCUCCCCAUCAGUAGAUCUCAAAGCACUUUACAAAAAUAGGUCAGUAGCAUUAUCCCUAUUUUGCCAGUGGGGAAACUGAGGCACAGAGCAAGGACAGGCCUUCCCAAGGUGACCCAGCAGGUCGCUGGCAGAGCCAGGAAUAGCGUGCAGGACCCAUUAGCCCCAGUCCAGUGCUCUGCCCCCUAAGUAUGCAGUCUCCUUAGCAGAGAUGAAGGCACAAAUGGCUUGUGGUUUUGGAUGCCUACAUUUUGGGGGUGCUCAGCUUGAGAACCCUUCAGAAAGCACUCAACACCCAUCUCUGAAAAUUGGGUGCAAACCUAGGGCCUGUUUGUUCGGCGUGAACAUUCAAGAUCCCAGGGCAUUUUGCUCUGAAGACCUUGGCCUAAAAUGACCCCUACUCCCAAUGCUGUGUGCCACUUGGCUGCUACCCUCCACCCCAGAGCUGGCUACCUGUCUGCAGAAGUCUCUGCAGAGUCGGUGAAGGGAUUUGGGCAGAAAGGCACUAGAGAGAGGUAUAACAUUACAGUAAGAAUGGCUAAUUCCCCAGCAUGCUGGCGUUAGAAAGCAAGGGUACCCAGCCGAUACUUUUUACACCUUUAUUGCUCUAGCUGCAGAUUUUCUCUCCCUUUCACCCCCUUUUUUUUUUGGGGGGGGGAGCAAGGAUACAUUCUAUCAGAGAGAGAAAACAAAGUUGGCUGAUCCACACACUGCAUAUGGCAAGGGACUAGCGCCACAGGGCCCUGACUGAUGGAGAUAGGAUGAGAGCAGGCAGGCACCCAACCCUGCCUGCAGAGCCUCUCUCUUCUCCGUCCUGCUGCUCCUCUACCUCAUUCUAACUGCUCCUUCAGCCUGUAAGCACGGGCCCUGGUGCUUUCCACUCUCAUUAGGUGACACUCAAAAGUCUCCCCAGUUCAGAGUGGUUAAUCCCCCAAAAGUUUGGUGCUGAAGCUAGGAGGUGGCGCUGAAUAAUCCCUGCUCCAGUCGGGUCAGGCAUACCGUCAAGGACAGCCUUCCUCGCAUGGAAUUUGCCAUGGCCAAUCCCACCUGGAAUCAGGAUACACAGAGGCAGCUGCCAAGAAAGGGCACAAUUAUUUACAACAAAGAGUAACUGAACUUCGGGGGGCGCGGAGGAGAGAGGGGUCGUGAUAUGGGUUAAAAUCAGGUUCCAGGAUCAAGUGUAGCAGGGAAUUGGGGUCAAGUGUCUGUGGAAUAUCCAGUUUGCAGAAAACAAGUCACCAGUGAGAGAGACACCCACAAACUGGUGCUGCUAAAGCCCUGUGCAUCUUCAGCUCCCAUCUUCUCGGGCAGGAAAGGAGGGUCACUGGUUUGAAACAGGAGCUUGAUGUCGUUCAAUGGACUUCCCACUGAAGGGCAGGAAAUCCCUCACUAGCUGGACGGAGGAUUAAUACCAGGGACACCCAGGCGUGGCAAGUGGGGCAAUUUGCCCUGGGCCCUGCAGGGGCCCCCACAAGAGUUUUUUGGGGGCCCUAAAGCGAGGUCC